CGCUUUCUGUUUUUCCAAAAGAAGAUUUCUUUUCUGGGAAAGUUUCUUUGACCCAUAGAGUAUGUUAAAUAAACUUUUAAUUACACAAUUUCAUGCCUUUAAUUAAUAAUAAUGGUAUGUGCAAAGGUAUCACUGAUUAUAUACAGAACUAUGUUGGAUUGGUUGGAACUGGUGGUAUAAAGCCAGCUUCCUCCGGUGACCGGAACCUAACCCCGUCUGUAAAUUGGCGCCCUUGCGCGGGAACUCGAUCCAUCAUCAUCAUGGUCGCAUCCACCAUCAUCGUCAGCUCAUGUGGUCCGUCUCUGCAGCAGCUCAAAGACAUCCAAAGCUAGUGCUGUUUGGUUCUUUUCACGGAGAAAGAUAUAGACAACUAAUUCCCAGUCAAUGCCUUCUUCUUCCUCAACACACUUUCCUCUUCGAUGGGAGAGCACUGGUGAUCAAUGGUGGUUUGCAUCACCUAUUGAUUGGGCAGCUGCCAACGGACACUAUGACUUGGUCCGUGAACUUCUUCGUCUGGAUGGUAACCACCUAAUCAAGCUCACUUCACUGCGAAGGAUCCGCAGGCUUGAGACUGUGUGGGACGACGAGGCACAGUUUGAUCAUGUGGCCAUGUGCCGAUCUCAAGUUGCAAGGAAGCUGCUUGCUGAGUGUGAGAACCAGAGAGGAAAAGAUUCUCUUAUAGGGGGAGGGUGUGGAGGGUGGCUGUUGUACACCGCUGCUUCUGCAGGGGACUUGAGCUUUGUCCAAGAAUUGCUCCAAAGGGACCCGCUGCUCGUCUUUGGCGAGGGAGAAUAUGGUGCCACUGACAUACUGUAUGCUGCUGCAAGGAGUAAGAACUCUGAUGUCUUUAAACUUGUUUUCAGUUAUGCUCUCUCCCCAAGGUUUUCAUCAGGAAGAGAUCUGGAAGGACACGUCACUGGUGACAUUCCAUUGGCUUACAAAUGGGAGAUGAUGAAUAGAGCCGUUCAUGCUGCUGCCAGAGAAGGUAAUCUUGAGGUCCUGAAGGAGAUUCUUGCUGGUUCUAGCGAUCCCGUCUCGGCUUACAGGGAUAAACAGGGUGCCACCAUUUUACAUGCUGCUGCUGCUCGAGGCCAAGUCCAGGUGGUGAAAUAUCUUAUAACUAGUUAUUAUGAUCUGAUCAGCUCCACAGACAAUCUAGGAAACACUGCAUUACAUAUUGCUGCAGCUAGGGGUCAAUUAGCCGUUGUAGAAGCUCUCACAGUUGCUUCCCCUUCAUUAGUAUCUUCAAAAAACGAAGCUGGAGAGACUUUCCUCCAUGUUGCGGUUACCGGUUUCCAAACACCGUGCUUUCGUAGAUUGGACCGUCAGAUUGAGCUGAUGAAGAAUUUAGUGAGUGGGAAGGUGUUCAACGUUGAAGAAAUUGUGAACACAAGAAACAAUGAGGGCAGGACGGCACUCCAGCUGGCCAUCAUCAGUAACAUUCAUUCUGAGCUUGUGGAAUUGCUUAUGAGUGUUGGGUCUACGGAUGUCAACGCCAGGGACAAGGAUGGAAUGACAGCGCUAGAUAUACUGAGGCAAGGGCCACGCUCCGAAUCUUCUGAGAGAAUCACAAGGAAGUUGAUGUCUGCUGGAGGGAUGUUCAGCAGCUGCCACGAUGGUUCUGAAGCUGCAAGAAGAGUAAUUGCUUCCCAUUUGAGGAUGCAGAGUAUGGUGGGAGGCAGCCCCGGCACUUCUUUCAGAAUCCCUGACCCGGAAAUAUUGACCAUUGCAGGUGGAAGUGAGAAGGGUUUGGACACUUUUUCUUCCUCUACUACUACUACUGCCACUACUACUACUAGUACUAGGAAGAUUACUACUAGGGAUAGUGUUGUUAGUGAAGGAAAGCUGUUGGGUGCUGCAAGAAAUGCUGUGAACAAAACUGCAACAGCGAAGCAUGCUUCAGCUGCCACACAACGGUUGAAACGUCUAUUCUCGCAGUGGCCAAAGAUCAAGAAACGCGACACUCGUAGUAAGCUGGGGGUCAAUAAGAACAGUAGGGGAGGAGGAGGAGGAGGUCAUCAAAGAAGUAGCUGCGAAGCCCGAACUACGACACCAAUUCCAUUGCGCCAGAGAUUUUCCAAGAGGACACUUUUUGUUGGGAGUAACAACCACCCUUUGUCGAGUACUACCCCUUGGCAGCGCUCAACUCCUUCCCUUACUUCGUUCUCAAUAUCGUCGUCGUCUCUCGGGUGUUCAAACAAACAACAAGGAGGUGCAGCUGUGGGGCCUACAUCUGGCUGCCGCUCAACGAAAGAUGAGGUUGAUGAGAAGAAGGGAGGAGGAGGCCCACAUCAUGGCUUGGUUGUGAACAACAGCCACCACCACAACCACAGAAGGUCAUCAUCAUCAGUGAUAAACCAGUACUUGUGUUUCGGUUCUGUUCCCGGAGGUCCGCAAGCUCGAAUGGAGGCUCCUCCUCUUCAUCCUCCUCUAGCUGGGCUGCACCCGCCAUUUGAACUAUAUGGACGCUCUGUUCUGUCUACUGCUUGACAUAUAUGGAUUGUGGGGGGGGAUUCAAUGAUCUCGCUCUCAGGUUACUGCAAUGUACUAGUAGUAGUAAUAAUGAAUUUUAAUUUCAGAUGCCUUUGCAUGGUUGUUGUUGUAUGAGUGAAUCUCCAAAAUUGUUAAAACCGUGAUUUAAACCAGAAUGCAGAAUAAUCGCUCAUCCAUUUAUGCAACACUUUGACUAUUAUUAUUUUCGCUUAUAAAUCUACUCCGUAUAA